AUGGUGAGGGUGAGCGCCGCGCUGCCCUACGUGUCCCUGCUGCUGCUGCUGGUGGUGGGUGGCGACCCCUCCCACGCCCGGGCCCCCGAUGCCCAUGCCCAUGAUGCCCACGGCGUGGGCGAGGCAUGGCGGGCAAGCGUUCCCUUGGUGCUGACGGACAGGCCCUUGCCCUCCCUGCCCACGGACUCACCCCUCAACACGCCAGGCUAUGCCCCGCACAGCGGAGUGGACAGCAGCGAUGGCGGGGUCCACACGAGCACACUCGCCACGCCCAUCCCAAGUCAAGAGAUCAAAUUGGGCACAGCGCCACGGUACGCCCGGGGCAAAAGAAAAACCUGGCAGCCCUUUGAUCCCCACUCUGGUCGCUCCGGGGAGCCUGGAAGCGUCAGCUCCCAUCAGGACCUACUAGAGGAUGGCCUGGAAGACCUGCUCUCCCUCUAUCCUGGAGGCUGGGGACGACAGGGGAAGAGGAGGCGGGGUGAGCGUCGACGGGGUCCGCACGGGCGGCACAAGCUGAGGCACGGCAAGAGGCGCCGCCACCACCCCCACACCCUGCUGCUGAUGGAGGCGGGGCUCAGCGUGGCGACGGGGCAGGCCGAGGCCACGACGCUGACCUCUCCUCACAGCCCCAGCCCUUCAGCCCCAGCACACACAGAUAAUGAGUCCUCAGCGCCCAGUCCCUCGACCUCACCCCCGUCUCACCCGGCGUGGGCGCACGAAGCACAGCCUCCUCUGGGACAACACUCGCCCACCCCGGUCAGUGUGCCGCUACUUAACCCGCCGCCCACAUUCACCUCACGCCCCAAUGGCCUGCGAGAAAAACAACAGAACUCAUCGAUGGCAUUCCCCAGCGGGGCCAUGGGAAGACUGCCGGAGCGACCAAGCUCUGCCGGGCCCCUGGAGGUACCCCCCACCACCGCCCAGAGUCUUAAUGGGCCUCUGGACGACUUUCUUCAGCGCAGCCUCGCCUCCUUACGUGGGCCCCUUGCCGAAGGGCCGCGGUGGGAGCAGGCCGGGGAGGCGGGCACGGCGGGGCCCCAGAAAGAGGUUGUAACUCAUGAACCUCCGAGACUCGUGGCGAGGCGGGACGGCCUGGACGGAUCCACCCAGCCCAGGCCUCCCUCCUACCAACACUCGCUUGUGGAGACCCCCGACCAUACCGCCACACGAAGGCCUGAGAAUUCCAGACAUGAUCUCCGGGAAUCCAACAAGCGUCAGACGAUAAAACUUGGCAGUGGGGCGCGCCAUACAUCACCGAUGAGCCCCGAGGCCCAGUCGACCAGUGCCGCGGCCACUCACGCCCACCACAAACAGACGAACACCACCACUCCAAGGCCGAGGGCCGCCGCUCUCUCGACCAGCUCGGCCAUAGAUCAUGUGAAGGACGGCAAGGGGAAGGAGGGGCCUCAGGAACUGCUCUACUCACAUUCAAUCCAUCACACGCCCGUGGAAAUCCCCACCUCCGAUUUCCGGAGGGCACCGGCACAGGAGGCAGGGCUCAACAGCGGGGCGGCGAGGUUACUGCCGACGGAACACUCGCCCUCCAUCACCAUACUCGCUAAGCUCGCAACGACCAGGCCUGAGAAGUUCCAGGCCCUGCCCGUCCCCGACCCUCCUGUUGAGGAAGACGAUCGAACAGGUGGCGGCGGCUGCUACAGCACCAAUGACGUGGUGAUGGUGGUGUUCCUGACCUCGCUGGCCAACAUGGUGGCCUUCGUGGUGGUGACGGUGGCGCUGUGCUGGUGCUCCCUCAGGGCCAGGGCGGCGACGCCCCCGCGACCCCCGCACCCCGACGACGCAAACCAGGACCCCGCUGACGACGACGCCGAGGAGACCGCGGUGCCAGAGGGAUGCCUGGAGGCCUGCCUGCCCGACAUCUCCUACCAGAGGCACCUGGCGCGCGGCUCCGCCAUCCGCCCUUCCUUCGUGGUGGGGCGCGCGCUGCGGCCCCUGGUGCACGGCCACUCCCCGCGCCCGCUCUCCCACGCCGUGCACGAGCUGCUCCACAACCUGACGGCGCCGACAGACCCAGGGGAGGAGGACGAGGAGGGGCGGCGGGGGGAAAAAGGGAAGAAGAGGAGAGGGUGUCUUGUGAAGCGUCGUUCUCUCUCCCUGGAGAAUCUCAUGCUCACCUGACCGUCUGUGGAGGAGAGUCUCUGGUCCCCCGCCCCCGCCCCUGCCCCUGUCUCGUCUCCCGCUUCCCCCACCCCCUCUCCUCCGUCCCCUGCCCAUGCCAUGCCCCCAUCCCCACCUCUCCCACUGUCGCGUUUUCUUUCCCCCGUCCAUCUCCCGUCGCCCUCUUCCUCUUCGCCUGCCUCCGUUCCAUUCCCUGUUUCCUCUGGGGCCUCGCUUCCUCGCUCUCCCUUUUCCCACCCUCCAUCUCCUCCUGUUCCCUGUUCCCUUUCCUUGCUCCUCCACUCUUCCCCCACGGUUGUCCUACGCCCCUCCCCUGCCUCGCGACCUCGUGGUUCUCUUCAUUCUUCAUCUUUCUCCUCUACACCUUCCUCCUCCUCCUCUUCCUCGGCUUCCUCCCUCCUCUCCGUAUUCGCCCCACCUUCGUUUUCUUCACCUCCCUCCUCCAUUCCUCCGUCACGGCCUCAUACGUAGAGGAGAUAAGGAUAAUGGAGCAGGAGGAUGAAGGAAAGAAGGGGAGAAGGAGGAGGAGGAGGGGGAAGAGAAGGAGGAGGAACGGAGAAGAGGAGGAGGAGCAGGAGGGGGAGGAGGACGAGGAGCAAGAAUAGUAUGAUAACAAAUAACUAAGAGAGGAGAUUUGGAAACUCUUGAGGAGAAAAUUAAAUGAGUGGAGGAAAAAUAAAAUGACAAAAGUUAUGUAAUAAAAUAUAAGAAAAAGAAAGUAAAAGAAGUAGAAAAAGAGGAGGGGUUUUGUACAGUAAGAGAGUGUGACACAAGAAGAAAUGGGACAAAUAAAUACAGCCAUGAAAAGCACCAUGAGAAUGUGUCUCAGGGGUUGCCUGAGGGGCCCACGAGCCGUGCUGCUGCUGGAAUGUGAAGCCGCUGGACUAGGCGCCGCAUGAGGCAGGUAACGACUUCGCCGGAGGCCGUGUGUAACCAUAUACGCUAUGUAACACUGUGUAGCUCAAUGUAACACUACGUAUGUAACAACGGACGUUAACUGUACACGGCCACUAUCUCUCGUAAUAUUGCGUAACGCUACUCGGCAAACAAAACGCACAGCGUGAAGUCAGUGUGUUGCCCUGUGCGUUGUGUGUCACGAUGAGAAGUAGCGUUACGCAGCACCCCUCCUGUAACGCAGCGCAGAGCAGCGGUCUGUAACACUCUGUAUCUCACUGUAGCAUUGUGUAGAGCAACACAAUGUAUGUACGUAACAUUAUGUGCCACUAUCCACGACAACCCAGCGCCUCGCACCGUUCCCUGGCCUUGCCCCGUCAGACAGUGCUGCAAGCCACCACGGAGCGUUGUGCGGCGCUGAGUGUCACUUACAGUUACACUUACGUUACACGGUGCGAAGCAGCCCUAGAGUCACGUGUCAGUGUGCAGGGUCACCCGGUGCUGGAGGGCGCCCAGCACCACAGAGGCUGCACAGCACCUCUGGGGCUGCUGGCCCGGCCGCCUCCUUAUUGGGUUACAAGGGUGCGACACGCCAGCAUCCCCCGUCACCUGGGGUGCCGGGCGUCAUCCUCGACGAAGUGAGGUGAUAAUGGACUCCCUGGGUUAUUUGAUGCUUCCCUAACGGCGGGGAUAGCGGAGGUGAUGCCAAGUAAUCAGUCCUCCCCCCUUGAGAUGCCCCCCCCCCGCCCAGGCGGUGGCACGGGGGACAUUCCUCCCCGCCUACACACCUCAGUCUAACGGGGUCGGAUAAAGGACUUGCCGUUUAAUCGUGCUCUAUAGGGACGUAGUAGUGUUCCCGAGUGUUAAAGUUUCGAGGACCAGCACUGAGGCGGCCACGGACACCGCACCAGCCCAGACGCGCCGCCGCAGUGUUCAUCCUACGCCGCUAGUGUUCCAGUGUCCGACUGUUCUCUGUGUUCAUUCCCGAGCACCGACUUCAUCAACACGUAGCUCGCAUCGGUACCCGCGUCCCGGAGGUGCUAGGAAUGGUGGAGAGUUUAUCCUAGGACAGUUUUAGGUAGAUGAUCAAGUUAGAAUGGUAAAUGAUUUGUUUUCUUUUAAUAAGAGAACAGUAGAUGUUUCUAUUUCUUAAGAUAUGCAUUAUAGCUUAGUGGUAGCUUUGUUUAAGGUAAGACUUGUUCAUACUAAAGCCAUUUGUGCAGGGAAGCGUAGUUAAUUGUUUCUUGAAUAGCGUAAUUUUAGGUAAAGAAAAAUAUCUUUUUAAUUGCAAUAUUUCUACUUUGCCUUUUCUGGUCUAAACUGACACAGUUUUCAUAACACUCGCCUUCUUUUUAUAUAAACUUGUAACAAAAAAUGCCAAACAUUCCCGGAUACAACUCCUCAGUGAGCAAUCUUCCUGCCUUGAGCGUGGGUUGGCUUCCACAGAGGCGGGUCGGGCGAAUGUGAAGGACAACCCAACUUGUCAGCCAGGAGUGGGAGUCGCAGGACAGGAGGUCCGUGUGCUCACUCCCGCACCGCUCCCUCGCGGCUCAGAAAUGUAUACCCGCCACUCGCGUCUGACCUCGCACCUCUGCGGGCGGCGAGCGACAGCCAAAUAUAUUCAGGUAUAUCACGUCUUCUCUCGGCUCCAGUGCCUUCGUGGGGAAUGGGACGCACUACACACACCGCGGGGGGCACGAGGCAGCACACUCACGCCCGGGAGCCGCUCGAGCACACCCGCGCCACAUGCCGCACACCACCCGGAGGCGCCGUUUGUGGAGGCGGAGGAGCUGAGCCAAGGAGUGUGGAGUGGAGGAAAUAAAACUCAUGCUAUGCUCUCUCAGUCCCCCGGUGACAGCUGAUGUGUGUGUCACCACCAAAAAAAAAAAAUAAUAAUAAUAAAUAAAUAAACUGUACAGAUCAGUUGCAUUCGGGGAGGAGUGAGGAGGAGAUCUAGUUCCUAUAUUCCACUUUUCCUUGACGUGGGCGUUCCUCCCGCACAGUCACGGCACGCCGGUCACAGACAGCCGCUGCCGCUGUUCGCCGCACCGACACUCCGCCACUCUCUUCCCGCCGCACCCGCCGUGGCCGCGGUGCUGCUGCAUUGCUCUACGACCACUGUGAGGCUCACAUAAAGAUUCCUCGAGUAACAUAAAAUAAAAUAUCAAAAAGAAUAAACCCAAUUAGACGAUUCAAAUCUACUCAAUUUAGCUUUAUAGAAGUGGAAGUGGGAAAAUUUAGGGAGGGAUGUUAUUGGGGAGGAUUUAACGUUUUGUGUCACGCGUCGGCGUUGAUGUUCUACGCGUCGCGUCUGUCACAGGUCCGGGGACCUCCCUGGCCUGAUGGUGUACAGAUUUGUUUUAGGUUUAAUCAUGAAGAUAAGUCUGUCAUUGCUCUCAAACCCAUGUGAAACACACACAGAUAUCGUCGCAUAGUGUUAGUGGUCGUAUGUUUUAUCCUCAUUAACUUGUGCCACUAUUAUUCGUGUCGACACUUCCACCAUCAACAAGUUAACAAAAAAAAAACUUUCCCCUUGGACUACAGAAGGAACUGUAGGACAAAGACCUCACCGCUACAUGACAUUAGUUCGUGCCUGGCUGAGUGGCUGGCCGAGCGAUGAUGCCACACAGACCAAGGCAGUGGAAAAGUUCUCGCCGUCUUGCGGCGACCAAGUGGCGUGUUAGCCGAGCACUACACACGAACGCCCACGCCCCCGAGGGAAGGAGGGACACGUGAUUGGCGGCGCUCCCAACACAUAUCACUGAAUUACAUAUCUUCCGUGUUCAUCCCGCUACGGGGAGACACAAAGGAAAACGGGGUAGAAAAGAAAUCUAUAAUCUUCUACAACGAAACUUUCUGGAUUAGAUUAGGCCUUCGCCUAUAAUUCGAGACGAUUUUGAGAAGGGAGAAAAAAAUCUUGUUAAUAUGGCGUGACGGAGAGUCUGGUGGAGAGAACUCUACGCAAAGGGACCGAGAGGAGAGACAAGCUUGGUCCCUGCUCGACACACUCGCUCGGCACAUCACGGGCGGCUGAUGGCUCCUCUUCGCCCUCUCUCCCUCCUACCCGACACUACGCAAAUCAGUGUCCCGGGGAUCUCAGUACCAGUAAGCUUGCCACAGUACCGAAGUGAUCUGAGGGCUCAUGUGCCAGUAGUCUCGAAGGGGCGGCUGGUAGGGAAGAUUGAGGGGGCCAAGAAGAGGCAGCAGUGGGGGUGGGGCAGGAGCCGCCUGACCCACUCUAAGAGCCGUGAUAAUCAAGAGAUCAAGCCGGGAUCAAGACGGAGCUUUGUCCUCUCGAGGCCUUUAUUGGCUCGGGAGUGUGGUGGGGUAACGCGGCCAACCUUCCGCCCACCAUUUUUUAUACAAUUUUUUAUCUCUUUCUUCCUCCUCCCGCCAGACUCAGCCAGGCGUGCGGCAUCGGAAGGGGUGCCUGUGAUCACCCCGAGGAAGAGGUUGCAAUGUUUAAAUCCUGAUGACCUUGAAAGGGACAUCUAAUCGAUUUAUUUUCGGUACCGCGUAGUGCGUUAAAGAGAACAAAGAAAGCAGGCACUACCAAGCCUCUGAGAGUAUCAAGAGGAAGCCUUUGUUUUCCUCGUCUCAGAAUUGCCUUUCGCUCUCUAGCUUGUGCUGCUGCUGCUGCUGCUGUCGCCACCCUUCUGCUGGCUUGUGAUGCUUGCUGCGGCCUCCACGUGUACAUAGCCUACAUAGCGCGGCUUGGCCUUGCCCCAUGUUGCCUGUACAGGGAAGUAACCUUUAAGUGCUCCGUGCAAGACACUACCUUUCUGUGUGCCAUGUAUAGAUAUACUUGGGUUGCACGGCCUCACGGAUGUCAUGGACUCUGCCCCCAACACUACACAGCUUGACGCCUCCCGCCUUCCCGGCUGACGGACCGCCGCGCCGCAACACUCACACCUUGUCCUCAUGACGUCAUCAGUGUAAACAAGGAACGCACACCUGGCCCUGCGGGAACCUAAAAUUCAAUAAAGUAAAGGAAUGUCUUCACGUGACGUAGCAUUGAUUUACCUUGAUGGCGUCGCCUUGUUAAUUCGCUGAAACACUUUAGUACGGAGUGAUCACCGCGUCGUGUAUGUAUGUGUGUGUGUGUGUGUGUGUGUGUGUGUCCUGAGAAGCACAGUAGCGCUGCCUGCGAGGAUGGCAGCAGUGCCGGGGUGGGGCCGCGUCGAGGGCUGUAAAGAGAGGGCACAGGCCCGCUGCCCCGCGACGCCCCCCACCUCCUCCUCGCCCUAGCUAGACGUGUAAGGGUGACGCAGGGCUGCGUGGACAGGCGGCCGGACAGCUCAGAUGCUGGACCCACGUGACGCCACCACACAAGGGUUCUCGGGGUAACCGUGGGGAGUGGCCGCCUUGAAAUGUCUUGACGGAUAGACAAUAACAUUGCUGCACUUUCAUCCUUUACUAUGCUUAAUAAAAAUACCUGUAACACUAUUAUCUAUACUACUUUUUGCUAACUUAAAUAUCACAGUUCUCUGAGGCCACCCCUUGAGAGGUGGCGCCAAGCGGGCAGCGCGCCGGGCCGCCGACACGCCUGUCAGCGGCGCCCUGGGACGACGCGACACUUUACUCACUUGAGGCGUACUUCGUAGGGGCUCCGCGCUGAGUCUGGAAUUAGGACAGAUUUAUUUAUAAUACGUGUACAGUUUGUGCUUAUCAGAAUAAUAAAUUGAUAAAUAUAUAUAUAAAAGUUAUUAGUAAUAUAAUAAUUAUACAUAAUAGUAAGGAUGUCAUUCUUUUUAAAAUUCUACAGAUAAUCCUAGUUGCUGCCUUCAACCUGUACAUAAUGACUGGUGACUCGUGUACCUACGCCCCUGUGUGUGUAGGUCACGGCCCCUCCCCCCAAAGCUUGCUGCACGGCCACACACAGCCCCAUACACUUACGUCAGCCUCUCAAUCACUAAUUUGCACGCACCACUCCAGUUAGCACUCUUAUCAGGAUAACACUGCACCGGAAAGUAAGGGAGGUAAUGUGUGAUGAGUAACUGUUAUCAAAAUUAAGACUGAAAACAUUCCUAAUCUUGCCAACGGUCCAUUUUCAUGUAUCAGCUCAAUUUUCCAGGGUGGCUUUUUUUCUGGUGUGAGUGCUGAUCGGCGCAGUUCGUACAAACUGGUGUAUAUACCCCCCCCCCUCCCCCAACCGUUCUUCUCCUCCACAGUGUGCUGUGCCUCGGUGUAAUUCGUAAAUAGGAGAGGUUGUGAAGGAACAUAAGGUAUUGCAACACCUAUAUCAGAAAUGCCCUCAGAUAUAAAAUACAAAUUAUAUAACGAAAGAUUGCAUUAGGGUCCUUCUACACUUUACAUUUGGAAGACAGAUGGCGUUUAAAACAAAAUAAUUGAUUUCACGUGCUUAGAAAAUAUAUCAAUUCGUCUCAUCGAUUCGUCACUCUCAUAACGGGGAAACUACACAACAAACAAAUUGCAGCUAGACAUCGAGCAGCUUUAUAGCAGGUAACACAUUGAGCACGCCUCUCCAACGUGUGCUUCUAGACAGUUAGAUAAACAGAUACGCUGAUUGAAAUGUAAAACAAAAACAAAUCUACAUAUAGAUGGAUAGACAGAAAGAGGGAGGUAGAUAUAUAAAGAUUAAUAAAUAGGAAUAUAUUGCUAAAUGGAGAGAAAACGCACAGAUCAAGAUAGAUAAACAGAGAUUUAUAAGCAGAUAUAGAUAGAUAGAUAGAUAGAUAGAUAGAUAGAUAGAGAUAGAGAUAGAGAUAGGUGGAUAGAAAGACAGAUGCAGGUAAAUAGCUUACCUGGCUGAAGAAAAGUAAGAGAUAGAUAAACAAACAGGUAGCCUGACAGGUAAGCAGGUGUUUGGCAAAGAGAUUAUUAACAAUUGGAAUAAUAAUUUCAACCUUAAAAUAUACUAUCCUGAGACCCCCCCCCCCCCACACACACCCCAGGCCGUGCACGAGGAUCACUAAACAUAUCCCUCCACUCCUCCUCCACCCCUCCACCCUCCACCUCCCCUUUCCCCACGUGGAAUAAUCGCUUAGCUCAAACCAGCUCUUCUGUUUAAUUUUUAAGAGAAUAAAAUACGUAUAUGGCGAUAAAGGUGUUACUGUUAAAAGACUAUACAGGAAAUUACUUUACUGACCACUGUACAUACGGAUCACUCUACCUGUGCAUAUCAUCAUCUAAGUCUAUGUAUACCAAGUCAAGUCACUCUGCUUCAAAACUGUGACCAGUACGCGCAGGAGGCGGUUUUGGGGCGGAGCAGCGGGAUGACGUCACGAAGAUAAAAAAGAAAACGCCAGUUCAGGGGUGACUAAAGUUGCGGCCGUGUGUGCACUCUGGAUGUGCAUUCUUUUACAGCGCGCUCAGGCAAGCCACUGACGAAAAAAAUAUGCCUUUUUAUUAUGCUAUUGCGUGACUGUAAUUCCAUUGCCUACAAACGGCGGUGUUGGGUGUGAGGGAGGGCAUGUUGAAGUGAUUGAUUUAAAUUACCCCGCCUUUCUUCGUUUUCUCUAAAUCCCUGUUUCUACAUUCUCUAGUUUGGCUCCAAGCAACGUCACGCAUAAGCCACGCCUCUGCCGUGUCUCCUCCCACAAAGCUGCGUAUGACUUGACUUGGUGUUUAUAGACUUAGAUCAUCAUCAGCUUCCACAUUCGAGCCGUAAUUAUUGCCUGAGCCUUAGGGAUGUCUUUGGUUUGGUGAGGCAGUCGUCUCGGGAACUUGGGUUAUCUCCGGGUUAGUUGCCUUUCCCCAAUCCCCAAUAAAUUACCAUAAAUAAAAAAAAUAUAUAAAUAAAUAUAUAAACUAAAUAAAGAAGAAUGAGGUAACUCUACAAUCCAAAACAAGACAAAGCAAUAAAUAUUCCUUUUUGUCAUGUUUUUUUUCGGCAUUUGUAGGUGUAUCUAGUGUAUGCUUUCCCUCACCUGCCUUCCUUUACGUACCUGGUCACCACACGCACCUUGCACCCCACGACACCGCCUGUGCAUGCCGCCUACCAAACCCUGACCCUCACAUGAAGUCCAACUCACCACUCGGCCAAACCUGUACCCAACAGUUUCUUCUCUCUCCUUGUGUUUGGUUCUCCUUCUUAUCUCAGCCACCUUCCCCUCCUCUCCAACACUAUCCACUCAACUUUAUCCUGACCGUGUUCUCUCCACCUCGCGGCUACACAUAAGGGGCUAUUACACUGGGCAAAUUUUCCGUGGAUCUUCAGUCAAACCACGAUUUCCGCUGGCGUGGUUCUCAUUUGUUUCUUGUUAUUGCUGCUGAUGAUGAUGGUGAAUAAUACCGUCGUCCUUCGCUAAAAUCUAUCGUUGCUUUGGAAGAUCGUGGACACGUCAGAAAACCACAGAAACAUGAAAACCACGCCAGCGGAAAUCGUGGUUUGACUGAAGAUCCACGGAAAAUUUGCCCAGUGUAAUACCCCAUUUAUAGUACCCAUUAUUUCCCUCUUCCUCCCUCUGUCUACUUUUUCCUUCUCCUUGCUUUGUCUGAACCUGCCUACCCACCUUUCCUUCCUCUUCACCUCUCUCCUUCACCCUCGCCCUGACUGUGUCCUCACCUCGCGGCUGCACUUGAACCAAACAUUUUCCUUUUAGUUUUUGUCUCUAGUUUUCCAUAAGUCUGCCUUGCCAAAGCCUGCCCAGCCACUUCAACCUCUUCUCCAGCACGCUCCCUUCACCCUUAUUCUUCCUCAACUCGCACUUGAACCCAACAUUUCCCCUUUAGUCCUUGUUUCUUUGGUUUUCCUUAACUCUGCCUUGCCUCCAUCUGUCCAGCCAAUCCACACCUCAUCUAGUCUUCGUUUUUGCUCCCUUGCCCCCGAACCUCGAAGCUACACUUGCGCCAAACACUUCCUUCCCUUCUCUGCGUCUCUUCUUUCUUUCACUUUGUUUCAUCUUGCCCUGUCCUUCUCUUCUCCCCGGCACACUUGCACCAAACAGUUCAAGUUCUCCCUUCAUUCCUGUCUCAUUUUUUCUUCCUUCUCUUUGUCUUGUCUCGUCAUCUCCUGUUCCCUUCUCCCCUUUCCUCCUCUUAGCCACUCCUGCACAUACCAACACCCGUCCCCUCCUCUUCCUCCUACCCUCCGCUGGCAGUUCAAAAAAUGGAAGAGGCGAGAAACAAAUUAUAUAUUGUUCGGUAGUUUUAAGCCAGAGUGCGACCUCGCCCGGAAUGAUCUGCAGCGGCUUUCAGGUUGGUCGAGCUAAUAUUUCGUGGUUUUCAGAAAGCGUUAGGCCGACAUAACUGUGAAAAACGUGGUUUGUCCCUUUCUGUUCAUUGAAAGCGAAGAAAUAAAAUAUACUCCCAAAAUAUACAGGGACUCGCUGCAUGCAACCAAGGGAGCCAAUGAAACAAACACCGUUAUGGAUUCAGACUUAGGAUGCAUAAAAAAACAGAUGACAAGAGGAAGCGUAGAGUUCGUGCGAUGUUUGCGAGUGACGAGGCCAAGAGGAUUUUCUGCUUCCCUUUGAGAGAGACAAAGGCGAGGAAGACUCCCCGACCAGUCCGCAGGGAGUGUCGCCGACGGGCCUGUGAUGCCUGCGUGGGGCGUGCAUGAGUCACACACACACACACACACACACACACACACACACACACACACACACUUACUAAAGCAGUUAAUGAAGGAAAAAUAAAUGAUUGCCUUGUGAACUGAAGCAGAGUAUCGUUCACACACACACACACACAAAAAAAAAAGCAGUUAAAGAAAGACAAAGAUAGAUUGCCUUGUUAAAUGAGACACACACACACACACACACACACACACACACACACACACACACACACACACACACACACACACACACACACACACACACACACAUGUAACUGACUCAUCUUGCUAAACAACCAACAAACAAACCAACUACCUAUUUAGCUCCUUUUCAAGUAGUUAGCCAAAGAACAAACCAACUCUCGUUACCCAGCUAACGUAACUAACAUUGCCGUUCUAAUUAACCGACAAACUAACCAAGGAGAAAAUAAACAGAUAAUCAAACAAGAAACCAACACACACACACACACACACACACAUAUCUAAAACCAAGUUGAUCUCUCUCUCUCUCUCUCUCUCUCUCUCUCUCUCUCUCUCUCUCUCUCUCUCUCUCAAACAUGCUUGUCACAUCUUUCCUGCACUUUUACUUCUCUUCUCCACUUCUUUUACUUUUAUUUCACUAAAUUUUUGCUCACUUUCUUCUCCCAUUUUUUCCGGAUUUUGUAUUGUCAAUGUAUAUUUCUCCACUAUGAAUAUUUUUCCAAAAAUUAACCAGCCAUCGACUUCCUUCCUGUUGCAAGACUUUAUUAAUUAUUAUAUUUUCUUAUUCUUUCACUUUACCACAUGUUAUCAGUUGGUGUAUGGAACUUCUUAACAACAGCUUCUUGGUUAUAUUUAUGCGAGUGUACUUAAUCCUUCUUUUUUUUUUGGGG